AACGUCAACACCACUGCGUGGUAUAAUGCGGCCAUUAGCAUCGCUCUCGAUUUCUGGAUGCUGGCCAUUCUGCUAUGCUUCCAGUUAGAAUGGAGACUCAAGAUUGGCGUAGGUGUAAUAUUCCGCGUUCGCGCUUGGUAUGUGUUUCUGUCCUUCCCCUUGAGAAGUGUGCUAAUUCUCUUCAGCGUUAAUAUUAUUGAUUUAUUUGGUAUCGGCUUGUGGUCUACAUUAGAGAUCAAUGUGGGCAUAAUCUGCACAUGCAUGCCUUCUCUCCGACUCCCUCUUAUCUAG